AUGACAUCAGAACAAUUAACUGAAGCAUUAAAAAAACUACAACCUGUACCAAUUGAAGAAACUCAUUGUAUUGAACAAUUUAUUGAACAUUAUAAACCUAAAGAGGAUAACAAAAAUUGUAUAGUAUUACAAAGUACAGAAGGAAAUAAAAUUAUAUUAGUUCAUAAUGUGUUGACUAUUAUUGAUGUUUUGAGUGAAUUUCCUUUCAAUAAAACUCUUUGGUGUUCAUCUUUGUUUUAUCCUGUAGAAUUUCAUGAAGAUAAAAUAUUUGAAUGUAUAACUGCUAAGCUAUUAACUCAUCCAAAUAAUACGUUAUUGUUAGCAUUACAAAGUUGGAUUGAAGAAUGUGGAGUUGAAUUUACAGAGAAGUCAUUGAGUAUUAUCAAAGACGUACUUGAUUAUGUAGAGAAAGUAGAUGGAGAAACGUUGAAUGAAAGUAUUGAAAAAGUAAAAAAAACUCUUUCAAAUACUCAUAGUAAUGAAAAUGAACCUACUUUUCAAAUGAAAUUUGAUCCAGCACCUAUUUCUAUUGAUGGAAAAUCAAUGAAAUUACCUGAUUGGAUGGCACCAUCAAGUUAUUCAGUAACAAUUUUAAAUAAAGAUUUCUUAGAAAUUGCAAAUCAAUUAAUGAUUUGUGAAUUUUCAUUCUUAGAACUAUUACAACCAAAGGACUAUUACAUUAACAUCUUUUCAACUACUAGACCAAAUUCUAAUAUUGAAUUAUAUUAUAAAUGGAAUCAAAAAAUUACUAAUUGGGUUGCUUAUUCUAUAAUUAAUCAAAAAAAUGAAAUGAUUAGAGAAAUGGCAUUCAAAAAUUUCCUUCAAUUGGCAAUUAAAUGUAUUGAAAUUAAGAAUUUUAAUUCAUUUAAUUCUAUUGUUAAUGGAUUAACCCAUUAUGCUGUAAUUCGUAUGAAAAAAACUAUAGCACAAAGGACACAAGAAGAAAAUGAAUUGAUGUUUAAAUUAAUAGAUAUUCAAGGGGAAAUUCAAAAUUCAAAUUACAGCAUUUCAUAUGGUAAACCUGCUAUUCCUUAUUUAAAAUUCUUCUUAAAAGAAAUGUGUCAAAUUUUUGAAGAAGAAGAAGAAAUAGAUGAUACAAAAGAAAAUAUACUUCAAGAAGAUGAAAUGAAUAAGAUGAUUGAUAUAUCUAAGGCUAUUAAAAUUGGUGAACUUAUUGACCAAUUGAAAGGAUUCACAACUGAAAAAUGUACAACCCAAGUCAAUAAACAAACUAAUGAUUUCUUUAUGAAUGGGAUUAGAACAAUGAAAUUAAGUAAUACUGAUUUAUUGAAUUUGUCUAUGGCAAGUGAACCAAAUAAUUAA